CAGUUCCACCCCGGGGUCCAGUGCUCCACCCUCUCGGCCCUCUUGUCUCCUCUCAUUCUCUAAACUCUCCCUAAAACCCUAACACCACCGCCCGCCACUACCGCCACAAACGUUCCCCCUUCACCAUUGGUCUUCGCCUCCCACUCACCAUUUCCAUGUUCGUCUAGCCCGCUUGAACGUCAAUAAAAGCAUUAGCGAAAAUAAAAGAGGGGAAACGACUUGAACGUCCGGUUACCGACUCCACUAACCUGAUACGCAUAUAAAAAUCGAUCAUCCUCUUCACAUGGUUCUGAAAAUGACCCAGUAGCUAAGAAAUGCGAUAUAUUCUCUGGAGAGUCAAGACUCAGGAGUGGGUGCCAAAUCCUGGACCCCUAUACUACACAAACAGAACAUAAUGUUUUGUCAAUACAUGAGCAUCAAAAUUGCAUGAGAUAUGCAGACCUGGGACUGAGUUCAUGAAAUGGACAUGGAAACCAGAUGGGUGUGAUCUAACUGUUUUCGACCCCGCUCAGUUCCUGGAAAUUGUUAGAGGCAAGUCUAUGGCUUAUGUUGGAUUCUCUUUGGGCAGAAACCAAAUGCAUUCCUUGAUGUCCCUUCUGUCCAGGCCAUUCACUCGCCGCAUCUCCUCAUCAUCUGCCACCAGAAACAAGGUGCCUAUACUCUACAAAAGCUCAGAAAUCAAUGACCACAACAAAAAUGAGGCUGUAAUGCUCCAGCUCUUCUCCUGGGGAAGAGGCACAUCUGGCCAGCUUGGUGGUGGCAGUGAACAAAUGCAAUUGUACCCAGCCCUAAUAGUCAACCUCCAGGUGUUGCCCUCCUCUUUCAUACUCUCACCAACACCAGGGCAACUUGUUAACAAGGAUCACAAUUGCAUUAACAAACAAGUUCUUGAAGUGGGAAUUUCUUGUGGAUUAUUUCAUUCUGCACUGCUUGUAGAUGGUAGUUUUUGGAUUUGGGGAAAAGGUGAUGGGGGCCGUCUAGGCUUUGGACAUGAGAAUCCUGUAUUUGUUCCCACGCUGAACCCUAAUCUGGAUGGCGUUCGGUGUAUUGCUCUAGGUGGCAUCCAUUCCGUUGCCCUCACUUCCCUCGGUCAGGUCUUCACAUGGGGUUAUGGUGGUUUUGGUGCACUGGGACAUUCUGUUUAUCACAGAGAACUGCUUCCUAGAUUGGUUGAAGGCUUUUGGAAUGGGAAAAUACAGCAUAUUGCCACUAGUGGCACACAUACUGCUGCAGUCGCUGAAUCAGGGGAACUUUAUACUUGGGGACGAGAUGAGGGGGAUGGUAGGCUGGGCCUUGGCCCUGGGAGGGGCCCAAAUGAAGGAGGUGGACUUAGUAUCCCUUCCAAAGUAAAUGCACUACCUGUUCCUGUUGCUGCUGUUUCCUGUGGUGGUUUCUUCACAAUGGUGUUGACAGAGGAUGGGCAAAUUUGGAAUUGGGGAGCAAACUCAAACUAUGAGCUUGGAAGAGGUGAUAAGAUUGGCAGUUGGAAACCAAAACCAAUUCCUAGUCUUGAAGAUGUUCGUAUUAUUCAGAUAGCAAGCGGUGGAUAUCACUCACUUGCCUUAACUGAUGAAGGUAAAAUUCUUUCAUGGGGCUUUGGUGGACAUGGUCAGCUGGGCCAUCCUUCAAAUCAAAACCAGAAAAUACCAGUGGUGAUUGACGCUUUAGCUGAUCAACGCGUUGUUUAUAUUGCCUGUGGAGGUUCAUCUUCAGCAGCUGUAACUGAUAAAGGGAAGCUUUACAUGUGGGGAAAUGCCAAAGAUUCUCAAUUGGGGAUUCCAGGUCUGCCAGAGGUGCAACCAUGUCCUGUUGAGGUCAAUUUUCUAAUGGAGGAUGAUGAUGACCUGGGACCCCACAAUGUGCUGUCUGUUGCUGUUGGUGCAUCUCAUGCAAUGUGUUUGGUUUUGCGAUCAGGCCGACCGAUAUAAUUGUUCCUCUGGUUUUAAGGUUUAUAAGAGUCUGCAGUACAGAGCUUCAAAAGAUAGAUGCAUAGAGAAAUGUUUGAUGAGCUGAACCAAGAAUGAGUAGCAAAUGAGAAGUGUUGCAUUUCAUUGGGACACCUAGAAGCUUGAUGUGAAUCUUUCAAGUGCUAUGAGGAUUCUGUUGUGAUCUCUUCAUUCUUGGGAUUAGAUAGAUGUUCAUUUAAUAAACUGGGGAGUUAUCAAUUGAUUUGAUACUGAUGCACCAAUUGUUAGGUACUUCCAGUUUCAUAGUCUCGUUUAAUGUGACCAUUGUUCCAUCUCAUAUGUAUUUUCUUUGUUAUUUCUUAGGCUAGCACAAUUAUGUCUGCUCAAAACUCAAAGCACAAUGUAAGUGGCCGUUGCAGUGCUUUUUCAUGGCACAAAUCGAUGAUGAACAUUUUGUUUUGAGUUA